AUGUAUAAUGACUCAGGAAAAUAUAAAAUAUGGGUAGGUGAAAAUGAAGAAAAACCUGUUAAUGAAACCAUUAAAUAUAGUAAAAAGAAAAUAAUGGUUUGGAAUGUAUGUCUUCUAAAGGUGUUGGUGAUUUGCAUUUUUUUAGAUAGAAACAUGAAUGCACUAUACUAUGUAGAAAUUUUAGCAAAUAAUUUACCUUCGUCAAUGUCAAAGUUUGGUUUUGUAAAUUUUAAACUUUUGCAGGAUGGCGAUCCUAAACAUAGAAGUAAGUUAGUAAGAGAAUGUUUUGAAUUUAACAAUAUCAAAUUAAUAGAAUGGGCAUCUCAAUCACCUGAUUUAAACCCAAUUGAAAAUUUAUGGGUUAUAAUAAAAAGAAGAUUAAAGGGUAUUGAAUUUAAUGGUAUUAAUGAAAUGAAAGAAAUUAUACAAGAAGCAUGGUAA